CGGGCUGCUGGGGUCUCCAGUCGCUGCAAUCUGUUGCGCCGCCGCCCGCGGGAGCCGGCAGAUCCGGGUCUCGUGGCUUAGAGUGACGUGGUCAGUCGAAUCAAAACAGAGGAGGGGAGGAAGUCAGCGGCCAGGAGCAGCAGCGGCCGCGGCGUCCCGAGCAGCCGCAGCGUUCCGGAAGCUUCAGGCGGUUUUUCUGCCGAGCCUGGGUCCCGGCCCCCAUCCUCCCCGCCCCGUCGGUUGUUGUCUGGGCGGAUUUAAACAGUCAAGUUAAACUGGGAAAUCAUGGCAGAAGGUGGAUUUGAUCCCUGUGAAUGUGUUUGCUCUCAUGAACAUGCGAUGAGAAGGCUGAUCAAUCUGUUGAGGCAGUCCCAGUCCUACUGCACAGACACAGAAUGUCUUCAAGAAUUGCCAGGACCUUCUGGUGAUAAUGGCAUCAGUAUUACCAUGAUCUUGAUGGCCUGGAUGGUUAUUGCAGUGAUUUUGUUUCUACUGAGACCUCCUAAUCUAAGAGGAUCCAAUCUUACUGGAAAGCCAACCAGUCCUCAUAAUGGACAAGAUCCACCAGCCCCUCCUGUGGACUAACUUUGUGAUAUGGGAAGUGAAAAUAGUUAACACCUUGCACGACCAAAUGAACGAAGAUGACCAGAGUACUCUUAACCCCAUUAGAACUGUUUUUCCUUUUGCAUCUGCAAUAUGGGAUGGUAUUGUUUUCAUGAGCCUCUAGAAAUUUCACUUGCAAGCUUAUUUUUGCUUCCUGUGUUAUCACCAUUCCUUUUUACAGCAUAUUUGAGUAAAUGAUUAUAUUAAAAAAAGUUACAUGGGCUUUUUUGGUUAUCCUACACUUAAACAUUCCACUCAUUCUGUUUGUAACUGUGAUCAUAAUUUUUGUGAUGAUUUCUGGCCUGAUUGAAGGAAAUUUGAGAUCUCUACAUUUAAAUAUUUUAAAUAGUUUUGAUAGGUUUUAAAAUUGCUUUUUUUUUUCAUUAGGUAUUUAUAAAGUUACUUGGGGUUGUCUGAGAUUGUAUGAAAAAAAAUUAGAACCACACUGUAUUUACAUUUACCUUGAUUUGCGGGUGGCAGUUAUCUCUAGUUCUUGGGACUGUGGCAGCCUUUGGAAUAUUUUACAAUUCUGUGUCAUCCACUACAACUGGCUUAUAUGGCUAGAAAAGGAAGGGAGAAGAAAUGAAAUAGUUGUUUACUAAGUUUUUUAUUCCCGUAAAAAUGUCUAAUAUUAGGAGAACUUUAAACAUGAUUUAAAUAUGGUGGAUGAUUUACAGUCCAUUAUAGCCUUACAAGGUUUGUGAAAGGAGGAAAAAAGUUAAUUCUUUCUGCCUUUGCCAAGUAUAUUCUAUACAGUAAUAAUUUAAGCUAUAAUUUAUUUGUUAAAUGGGUGCCUCUCAGGAACCUUGUUUUCUGUUCUAACACUUCCCUGUUAAAUGGAACUAUCUUAAAGCUGUAUUGGGGACCUAUUUGGUUACUGAUAUUUGAAUGCUCUUUACUUAUUUAGUCUAUUUUUUCUGUGAGGAAAAAAUUGAAUCUUUUAUUAUCCUUCUUACUUUAAAAUAUAUUUGAUGAAUUCUUAGUUUACUCCAAGGGAGAAGGAGGAAAAUGAAAAACCAAUCAAGGAUCUUUUUCUCACCCCUUAUCUCAUUCUUGUUUAGUAAUAAGAUGGAUUGGGGUGAGGAGGAGCAUUAAUAUAAGUAAAAUUUUGAAAUGUAUGAAAAGUAAAAGGUUGCAUUGUUUUGCUCAGUUUGAAAGAAAAUACAAAUGGCAUAAAAACGAAGUCUGCAUGACCUAUGUGGUUAUGGAAUUUUUUCUUAGCAAGUGAUUACAGAUGGUUUAUGGGGGCUAGAAGAUAUUUUGCUAUCAAUGUAAGGAUUUUCCCCCCAGAUGAGUCUAGCUUUUCACUGUAUUGAUCUGAGAAAUUACUUGUAUGAAUUAAUAAACUUCUCUAUAUCAUUGUACUGUUUAAUAGAGUCUCUGAUACAAUUGUGUGAUGCUCAUAGGGUAUUUUCCCCCCUUUAUUAUGAUUACAUUUUAGGCCAUAAACAUUUUAAGGGCUUCAUUCAUUAUAUAAUCCAAUAUUGACUGCUUGCAUUCCUUUUGUGCAUCUUGGCUUUGUGCUUAAUUUCUUGACAUAAUAUAACCUACUCAAUUACUUUAUGCUAAUUGAAGGGUAUCAUAACACAGGUAAGUCAAAUCUUGGAUAAUUGAGCACCAGAGGUUUAAAGUUCUUCCUCUUGCUGGGCCUGGAAACCUUCCCAGCUUUAUAGCUGUUAGAGUAUUUAAUGCAGAAAGGGCAGGAAUGGCAUAGGAUGGAGCUAAAUCUCUGUAAGCAUUCCUUUUUCUGCCCUUGCCCCCUAGACUUUGAAGGCUUACACAUAUAUCCUAACAGUCUUUUCUCUAAGCUGCUAGAAAGCCAAUCUUUGGCAGAGAUACUGAUGUAUUUUCUGAAUCUGUGGCUCACAAAUAAUUGAGAAUUGGCUUUGGUUGAGGCCAACUGGCCUAGACCUGGAAACAGAAUGUCUAGUGUUAGCUAGAGACCUGCAAAUCUAGAUUCUUAUUCCUGGUUCUUCAUUUCUGUUAUGCACACUUAAUUGAUAGUACAUCUAGAAUAUUAACCUUUUCUAUAUGGACCAUCUAUUUAAUUAGCAACAAAGCUCCUAGAGAAGUAGUUUUGGUUUUUUUGCUUAUAAAAUUUCUCCGUAUUCCUGAGAAAGACCAUGUACUACUGCAUAUAAAGUAUUCCUGUUAACCUAACUAGUAAUUUAUAUUAUUCUAUUUAAUUCUUAAACUUCUACAUGUGGCCUUCUUAUUGAGCACACUCUUAGUCAUUACUUGGCUUGUAAACAUUCACCUGAACUGUGGCUACAAUCAUUUUUAAAUAAUCUGGAAAAAAGAAAGCUAAAGCUUCACAUUUUAAUUUUUGGCUCUUAAAUAUUCCACAACUAACAUUAAGUUAAUUUUAUUUAAGAGUGAUUUGAUGUACCUUAUGCAAAGUAAUGUUUUCUUUCCAUAUGGAAAAAGUUAACAUUGGAACUGUGUAUAGUAAACAAUUUUAUCAUGUAUCUAUCCAAGCACUAUCCCAUAGCCAGCAAGUCAUAUUUUAAACUUGCAGAGAUUUUCCAAAGUAACUGUUAGGUUCAGCUAUUCCAUGGUUACUUCUAGUGUCAUUGUGUGGUAUGUGAUGUGGUAGUAUUUAUAGAAUUACUGAAUUUUUAUAUUUUCAAAGAAACCUUGGAAAUUUAUCACUCUGAAUUAAAGUCUGUCACUCUAAAUAAACAUGUGCUAAAAUUGGACCAGCGCAUCAGCUUACGACACAAAAUAGCAACUUGAAGGAGAAAUGAAGCGUUUACACAUAAUGGAUUAAAUUUUUGUUGUUGCAAUAGUAGGUUUAGUCUUAACAUAAUAUUUCUAAAUGAAAAAUCAUAUGUAUUUGUUACCAUGUCUGAUGAUUGCUUUGUUAAAAGCAAAAGUGGUCAUGUGAUGUACUAAAUAUUAAUUGCUGUUUUUAAAUGUUUAAAUCAUGCCAAACAAAUCAUGUCUGUGCCAUCCAGGGUUUAUGGUAAUCUUUUACUGAGUACUUGGACUGGGAUAAAGGGCUUGUACUAUGCACUUUUUAUUAAUGAAUAAAUAGAAAACGUUAGUAA